AUGAUACCCAUGAUGAUCAAAUCUAUUCGCAGACGGCCACUUGCAGCAUAUAUCACUUUAAGAUCGAAAACCACCGCCGCACAGUAUGUAGAAUCGAGAGCCAGGGACGCUGUGUUUGAGAAAUUCAUGGACAAGUACAAAAACCUCCUGAAAGUCAUUGCCAUCCAAGACCUUAUUCUUUCAAACCCCACUAGAACCCCACCUUCAGUCUCCCUUGAUUUCCUCAACAGACUCUCCCAGAAGCUACACCUUAAUAGAGGCGCAGCCUCUUUCCUCCGUAGAUACCCUCAUAUUUUCUACAUUUACUAUGAAACAACGGUCUCCCAACCUUUUGUCAGACUAACUGAUGCUGCUACACAGAUUUGUCGCGAAGAAGCAGAGGCGAUUACAGCAACAUUGCCAGCUGUUGUUGACCGGUUGGUUCGGCUUUUAUGCAUGUCAAAGUCCAAAUCCUUGCCACUCCGUGCCAUCUUCAAGGUUUGGAAGGACCUCGGGCUUCCGGAUGAUUUUGAGGAUUCGGUAAUAUCUCACAACCCACAUAUUUUCUCUCUUCAUGAUGCCCAUGAACCUCACACACACAUCUUGAAGUUGGUGGAUGAAUUCCCCUUGUGUCAUCUUCGGCCUGCAGUUGAUGACUGGAGGGUUACAGCCACUGAGUGUAGUAAAGAGAAAUGUGAAGCAAAUGAUACCGCUGAAAUGCAGUAUUGCUUCAAGCAUCAAUACCCACCUGGAAUGCGCCUGAGCAAGAAUUUCAGGGCUAAGGUGAAGGAAUGGCAGAGUCUGCCUUAUAUUGGUCCUUACGAAGAGCUGAUGAAGCCAUCUAAGGUGGGGAUGAGAAGACUUGAGAAAAGAGCAGUUGCUAUUGCGCACGAGUUCUUGACUUUGACAGUUGAGAAGACGAUAGAAGUUGAGAAGAUCAGCCAUUUCAGGAAGUGGUUUGAGAUUGAGCUGAACAUGCGAGACUUGUUCUUGGAUCAUCCAGGGAUUUUUUACUUGUCUACAAAGGGCAAGAGACAUACAGUAUUCCUUAGGGAAGCUUAUGAGAGGGGUCGAUUGAUUAACCCUAAUCCUGUGUACAAUGUAAGACGAAAGCUUUUAGAUCUUGUUGUUAUGGGACGGCAUCAAUUUCCUUGCAAUAACUGA